AUGGGUGAAAAGAAACCAGAGCCCUUGGACUUCGUGAAAGAUUUCCAGGAAUACCUGACGCAGCAGACCCAUCAUGUGAACAUGAUUUCUGGAUCGGUUAGUGGGGACAAAGAAGCAGAGGCUCUUCAGGGAGCUGGAACAGAUGGUGAUCAGAAUGGACUCGAUCACCCGUCUGUUGAAGUUUCCCUGGAUGAAAACUCAGGAAUGUUAGUCGACGGGUUUGAAAGGACCUUUGAUGGGAAGCUCAAGUGUCGGUACUGCAACUAUGCCAGCAAAGGGACGGCCCGGCUGAUCGAGCACAUUAGAAUCCACACAGGUGAGAAACCUCAUAGGUGUCACUUAUGUCCAUUUGCAUCUGCUUACGAGCGCCAUCUGGAAGCUCAUAUGCGCUCCCACACUGGAGAGAAACCAUACAAAUGUGAACUGUGUUCCUUCCGCUGCAGUGACCGGAGCAACUUGUCCCACCAUCGAAGACGCAAGCAUAAAAUGGUACCAAUUAAAGGUACUAGGUCUUCAUUGAGCAGCAAGAAAAUGUGGGGGGUUUUACAGAAAAAAACGAGCAACCUGGGGUAUAGCAGAAGAGCACUCAUCAACCUAAGUCCACCGUCCAUGGUGGUUCAGAAACCAGACUACCUUAACGAUUUCACCCAUGAAAUCCCAAAUAUUCAGACUGAUGCCUACGAAAGUAUGGCGAAAGCCACACCCACUGGUGGCCUGCCGAGGGACCCUCAAGAACUCAUGGUUGACAACCCUUUAAAUCAGCUCUCGACCCUAGCAGGACAGUUGUCCAGUUUGCCACCUGAAAACCAGAACCCGGCAUCCCCUGAGGUGGUUCCCUGCCCCGACGAAAAGCCUUUUCUGAUUCAGCAGCCCUCUGCCCAAGCAGUGGUUUCUGUUGUGUCAGCAAGCGUUCCUCAGAGCUCCUCUCCCACCAGCCCUGACCCUCGGCCUUCACACAGUCAAAGGAACUACAGUCCAGUGGCAGGGCCGAGCAGUGAACCAAGUGCCCACACGAGCACUCCCAGCAUAGGGAACAGCCAGCCCAGCACUCCGGUCCCGACGCUGCCGGCCCAGGACCCUCAGCUGCUCCACCACUGCCAGCACUGUGACAUGUAUUUCGCAGACAAUAUCCUCUACACGAUCCACAUGGGAUGCCACGGCUACGAAAACCCCUUUCAGUGUAAUAUAUGUGGAUGCAAAUGUAAAAACAAGUAUGAUUUCGCCUGUCAUUUUGCAAGAGGGCAGCAUAACCAACACUGA